AUGUCGGGUACUGUUGAACACCACGAAGUUAUUGUUAUUGGAGCCGGUAUAGCUGGUCUUAAGUGCUGCCAAGAUUUAAACGAGAAGGGGGUUGACUUUCUUGACAUUGAGGCAAGAGAGAGAUUCGGUGGAAGAAUCUAUACCGAUAGAACAGGAAAAUCGAAUUACGAGCUGGGUCCCUCGUGGGCUCACGAUACCCUUACGAAUCCACUUUUUGAUGAGAUUGUCAACAGUAAGGACGAUUACGGACUUUACUAUGAUGAUCAGAAUCCUUAUUACUUUGGAGAAAAGCUUGAGGAUUCAGACUAUAGGAAAUUCAAGGUGAAUCAGGUUGUCAAGGAGUUGAAGAAGUACAUUGAGUUGGUGUAUUAUCAGGAACUAGGAAGAAAAGAUGUUUCUGUGAAACAAAUUGCCUUAGAUUACAUCUACAGGCAAAGAAAACUUCUUACACCAGAGCAAAUCGAAUAUGCACCACAAUUUUUGCGUCAUCUAGAGUUAUGGCAUGGUAUCAGCUGGGAGCAUAUGAGUUCGAAGUUUGCCUUGGUGGAUAAUGUUGGAAGAAACUGCUGUCUCAGAAAUGGAUACGACCAGCUUGCCGGCAAAAUCUUUGGUCAAGGGGUGGCAGUGUCGAAGAUUGAGCAUUCUCCAAAGAAAAUUGAGGUUGCCACAACAGAUGGCCAUCACUACACAUGCGAUUUCCUUGUUGUGACAGUUCCUCAGAGUAUUUUGCAGCUUGAUCCGAAGGAGACAGGUGGAAUUGAGUGGAUGCCAAAACUUCCUCAAAGAAUUACGGAGCCUCUUUCGAACAUGGAUUUCGGAAAGUUGGGAAAAUUCGUUUUCGAAUUUUCAGAGCCAUUCUGGAAGCACCACGAUACAGAUAGGUUUAUUGCAAUUGCAACUCCAAAACCAGAUGAGACGAAAAGUGUGAUGGAGUCUUUGGACAAAAACCAGGUUCCUUCCUUUGUGGAAUCAAAUCAGAAGGAGUUACCUAAGCCAUGGGAUUUCCCAGUUUUGAUUCUUAACUUGUACAAAGUUAAUCAUGUGCCCUCCUUGUUAUGCUUUACUCAGGGUGCAUUGACAGAAUACAUAGAGAAGAACCCAGAAAAGGCUUGGAGUUAUAUGAAGCCUAUCAUAAGCAGGCUGGCCAAAUCACCAAAGGAUGUUUUAGAGCCAGAAAAUGUUGUUUGCUCACAAUGGACCGUUAAUCCAUACAGUAGAGGUUCUUAUGCAGCAUGCACACCGGGCAACGAUCCAACUGACUUGGUUAUUCAAUUAACCAGAGGAAUGGGUAACAUCAGAUUUGCUGGUGAACAUACAAUUCUAGAUGGUGCAGGCGCAGUGCAUGGAGCUUGGAUAAGUGGAAAAAGAGAAGCCAGAUAUAUUUUAAUUAAGACUGGAAGAAUGGAGGGGGAAAUCGAUUUUUAA